AAAGUAAAGCUUUUAGCUUGUAAAGCGGAGUUUAGGCUCGAAAACGACGACGUUUAAAGAACCCGCUUCUUCUUUCCCUCCUUCACAGUUCUUAUCUUCUGUUCCUCGCGAACAAAUUCAAGGUUGUUACCAUGCACUCACUUCCAUCACGAGCGAUGCGUCCUCUUUCUCUUUCGUCGCCGACGCUUCCUCGUUCCUCUCUUCGUUUUUUACCUCUUCCUUCGAUUUCAGUCUUCCACAAAUUCAGAACCCAACUUUCAUUUUAUCGGAACUUCCCAAACACCCUGCUUCUCCCUAUACGAUGUUGCAGUUCCAUCACUGCCAAGCCCUCUUCGGAGAUUCCCCGGAAGCGAUCAGAAUCCGAACCGGACCACAAGCUUCGUGCUAUUCGUGAGCUCUUCUCCAAGCCCGGUAUCGGUAUCGACGCUUAUAUUAUCCCUUCUCAGGAUGCUCACCAGAGUGAGUUCAUUGCUGAAUGUUACAUGAGGAGGGCUUACAUAUCAGGGUUUACGGGUAGUGCGGGUACUGCUGUUGUUACAAAGGACAAAGCAGCUCUUUGGACAGACGGUCGAUAUUUUCUUCAGGCUGAGAAGCAAUUAAGCUCUAGUUGGAUUCUCAUGCGUGCUGGUAAUCUGGGAGUCCCUACUGCAAGUGAAUGGCUAAAUGAUGUUUUAGCUCCUGGUGGCAGAGUUGGUAUAGAUCCCUUUCUUUUUUCCUCUGAUGCUGCGGAGGAAUUGAAGGAGGCCAUAGCUAAGAAGAACCAUGAGUUGGUUUACUUGUUUGGUGUGAAUCUUGUGGAUGAAAUAUGGAAGGAAUCAAGGCCAAAGCCUCCAAAGAAGCCAAUUAGAGUACAUGACUUGAAAUAUGCUGGUCUAGAUGUAGCAUCAAAGUUGUCUUACCUGAGGGCUGAACUUAUGGAUGCCGGUUCAUCUGCAAUUGUUAUAUCCAUGCUUGAUGAAAUUGCGUGGGUUCUAAACUUGAGAGGAAGUGACGUUCCACAUUCCCCUGUUACGUAUGCUUAUUUAAUUGUAGAGGUGGAGCAAGCAAAACUAUUUGUAGAUGGUUCUAAAGUCACCCCAGAGGUGAAGGAUCAUUUGCAGAAAGCAAGCAUAGACUUGAGAUCGUAUGAUUCCAUUCUUUCUGAAAUAGAAAGUUUGGGAGCACAGGGAACCCAACUUUGGUUGGAUACAUCAUCUAUUAAUGCUGCUAUUGUCAACACCUAUAUGUCUGCAUCCGAGAAAUAUUUUGGACAACUUGGGAGUAAAAGAAGUAAGAGAAAACAAGGUGCCUUUAAUGGGCAAUCUGGAGGAACCAAUGGAGUUUACAAGGCAUCCCCAGUAUCUCUGGCAAAGGCAGUGAAAAAUCCAGCUGAAUUAGAAGGGAUGAGGAACUCUCACCUAAGAGAUGCUGCUGCUCUAGCACAGUUCUGGGUUUGGCUGGAAGAGGAAGUCCAAAAAAAUGUGAAGCUAACAGAAGUAGAUGUUGCCGACAAGCUUCUUGAAUUUCGUUCAAGCCUGGCUGGUUUCCUGGAUACAAGCUUUGAUACUAUAAGUGGGUCUGGUGCCAAUGGUGCUAUCAUACAUUAUAAACCUGAACCUGAUACUUGUAGUGUUGUGGAUUCAAAAAAGCUCUUCCUACUGGAUAGUGGAGCUCAAUAUGUUGAUGGAACAACUGACAUAACCAGGACAGUGCAUUUUGGUGAACCAACUAAACGAGAAAAGGAAUGCUUCACCCGUGUUUUACAGGGUCAUAUAGCUCUUGAUCAAGCUGUUUUCCCGGAAGGUACCCCUGGUUUUGUAUUGGAUGCAUUUGCUCGUUCUUCUCUCUGGAAGAUUGGACUUGAUUACCGACAUGGGACUGGGCAUGGUGUUGGUGCUGCACUUAAUGUUCAUGAGGGCCCUCAAAGUAUUAGCUUUAGGUAUGGAAAUAUGACCCCUUUGCAGAGAGGCAUGAUUGUUAGCAAUGAACCUGGCUAUUAUGAAGACCAUGCCUUUGGCAUUCGGAUUGAGAAUCUCCUGUAUGUGAAAGAGGUUGACACACCAAAUCGUUUUGGGGGAAUUGAAUAUCUGGGAUUUGAAAAGCUCACAUUUGUCCCCAUUCAGACUAAAUUGGUUGAGUUUUCACUUCUCUCUCCUGCGGAGAUCGAUUGGGUCAACAGUUACCAUUCACAAGUUUGGGAUAAGGUUUCGCCAUUGCUGGAUGGUUCUGCUCGAGAGUGGCUCUGGAACAACACGCGGCCGGUUGGCAAAUGAUGAUUUCGCUCCUUUUAUCCUUGCCCUGUAUGCCCUGCUAUUCUUUCGCACGUUGUGUUUUUAGAUAAGUUGUACAUAUUUGGGGAAUUAAUGUAUUGCUGGUCGUACUUUCACCCAACUCCCUCCCCCCAAACCAAAAAAAUAAAUAUCUUCUUGUAAAAUCUGUUAUUUAAAGUAAGUACAAGAGCAGCCUAAUCAGAAGUAAAGUUUGAGCA